AAGAACUCCUUCAAACUGGGUCUAAGUGUCUUUUAGAAAUGUAUUCUAUUCUAACAUUUUUGAAAUUUAAUUUGAGUGAUUAUUCAAAAUUUUACUAGAACAAAGUGAUUUUUUGGUCGGAGGAAACAAAUUCUAGGAUAUAUUUUUUUUCUUUUUCAAAGCACAGGCCCAAAAAGAGAGAAAGAGAGAAGAAGAAGAAGAAGAAACACUUAGACCAAAGAAAAGGUAGUUGGACAAACUCCAUUUUGUUAUGGAUAUAGCACAUUACUAUUUGGAUGGCAAUGCUGAUGCUGUGGAGUUUUGUCCACAUGAUUCGUACCACCAUGUUCUGGCUGCCUCCACAUACAAUCUCCAAGAAGGUGACCGUCCCAGUCGACAUGGAAGCAUUUCUCUCUUCAGUGUUGAUGGCAGUGACACAGCUGGUGGUGAUGACCACCUUGACUUGGUUUGCAGUGUGGAGACCUCUGGAAUUUUCGACAUAAAGUGGAGCCCGCCCGGACAGCAUUUGAAUCCUUUUCUUUCUCAAGCUGAUGCUGAUGGAUACUUGAGAAUCCAUGUGCUGGAAAGUAGCUGUAAUGGGGUUGAAGGGAUUAAUCUAAAGCAUAUGAUCAGUGAAAAAAUCAGCGACUCUAUGUGCUUGUACCUGGACUGGAACCCUUCAGGCACAUCCAUGACAGUGGGGCUUUCUGAUGGCUCUGUAUCCAUUGUUUCUUUCCUUGAAUCCAAGUUGGAAAUACAAGAAGAAUGGAAGGCACAUGACUUUGAACUCUGGACAACCGCAUUUGAUAUCCACCAACCAAAUUUGGUAUAUACUGGCUCUGAUGACUGUAAAUUCAGUUGUUGGGAUUUAAGGGACGGUCCUUCCAAUCUGGUAUUUCAGAAUUCCAAAGCUCACAAAAUGGGUGUUUGUUGCAUUCAAAAGAGUUCUCAUGAUCCAAAUAGCUUAGUAACCGGUAGCUACGACGAAACCUUGAGGGUAUGGGACUUGAGAACAAUCUCAAAACCUGUUAAUGAGACUUCAAUUGGCUUAGGGGGAGGAGUUUGGAGGGUGAAGCACCAUCCCUACAUUCCAAACUUGGUCUUGGCUGCAUGUAUGCACAAUGGUUUUGCAAUUGUUUCCAUUAAAGGCAACGAAGCGCAAGUGUUGGAAACUUACAAGAAGCAUGAUUCCCUUGCAUAUGGAGCAGAUUGGCAGAAAGGUGAAGCAAAUCACAGAGUUGAGAGAACCAAACCAAUUGUGGCUACUUGCUCAUUCUAUGACAAACUUGUUCGAGUAUGGAGGCCAGAAAACGAGAUUAACUUGAAGGUUGGAAGCAUGAGUGACACAAAGCAUUUCCACUUUAUUAUUAUUUCAAAUCACUUAUUUAUUGAUUCCUUAACCUAAUCAACGAAAAAAAAGAUAAUGAUGAUCAUGAAGUUAUUGAAAUUGUGGACUGCAUUAUUCAAUAUUCAUUAUACCUAGUUUAUAGUUGACUUUUUAAAAAUUACUUAUACCUAGCUUAUACUUUACUUUUAAGGGAAAUUCCAUGUGGUUAAAGUAUAUAUUAUAUUGCAUCUUUUCCAUUCCUCUUAAGAACUAGGAAGCUUA